GUAGGUGAUAAUAAUGACAAAGUGAACACAUGCUUUCAUGAAGGAUUACAAAUUUAUUAAAAAAAAAGCUGAAAUCUCAAGUAUUCAGACUUUGUGGUACUCCAAAUUGUGAUCAGGUGUAUCCAGCUUGCUUUAAUUAUCCUUGAGAUGUGUCUAGAACUUUAUUGAAGCCCACCUGUGGCAAACUGGAUGAAUUGGUCAUCGUUUAGAAAGGCACAUGCCUGUGUUUAUACCACGUGACAAUUCACACUGCACAUUGGGACAAAAACAAUCUGUGAGGUCCAAAGAGCUCUAUGUAGACUCUGUGAUACAAUUUUGGUGGGGCAUUGACCAGCGCAAGGUUAUAAAACCAUUUCUAAAACUUUGAGUGUUCCCAGGAGCACAGUGACAUCAGGACUAUUCCUAAACUUGGAAAUUUUGUCAAACGGAGUAACCAGGAAAGAAGGGCCUUGGUUAGUAAGAUGAUCAAGAACCCAAUGGUCACUUUAACAGUGAUUCAGAAGUCCUCUGCUAACAUAAAAAAAUCUUUUAGAAGAAUGACCAUCUUAUCAAUGGUCCCUUAAUCUGGCGUUUAUGGUAGCUUGAAAGGAGAUAAACUGCCCAAAUUCAGGUGUGAAUAACUUGUACAGACUUAAUCAAGAAAACGUCAAGCUGCAAUACUUGUCAAAGAAGCUUCCACAAAGUAAUAAAUUAAGGGCCUGAAUAUAGCAUGAACGAGAGAUUUCAGAUUUUGCUUUUAAUUUGCAAACUUUUCUGAAAACAUGCUUUCUCUUUGCCUUGAUGGGUUAUUGAAUGUAGAUUGAUCAGGCAAAAAAUACCAGUUUCUCCAUUUAAAAUUAUAUCUGCAACACAAUAAAGUGUGCAGAAACUAGAGGUUAUCAAUAGUUUUUGAAUCCAUGAUACAUUUUAAGUAACACAAAAAUAAUAUUGUAUCCAUCUGUAUGUUAAAACUUUAUAAGACCUUGUGUACAAAUGAAUGAGGAACCCCUGCAAUAUUAAAGGAGCACAAUUGUUUGUUUUAUUUAUUAUUGCCUUAUUGGGUAUACUUUAACUGUUUUAACAGAAUGGAUAUUGUUAAAUGUCACUUAUUACAAUGAAAGUAUAGAACGCUCCUCACCUAAAUUAAAAAAAAAAAGUUACAAAGGGCUGCUUUGCAAUUUCACGUUCAAAUGAACCCUUAAAUAGCUUAUUAGAUACUUAUUUUCUUCCCUAUCACUUUGUUUAUUUAGCAAAAUUGUGCUUUUUUGUACUUGAACUGAGAGGGCCGCUGUUGAUCAGUUUGGUGAUUUUCUUCAAGCAGACACUCAGCAGGACCGCCCCUAAAGCGACUCCACAUAACACACCGACGGAACACAAAGACAUGAGUGCAGAAUGCAGACAGUGGAUAUGGAUUUUCACAACAUUUUUACAAAGAUAAAGGAAUUUGUAUAAUCGUUCGGGCAUUUUGCAAAAAGGCCGGGAUCGAUUUAAUGUACUAAAUGAAUCUGCACCGAUUCUGUCACAUUUUCUGGAAAACGCCACCGUGCAGGGUCAUGAAGCAGGUACCGAUACUAAUUGUUCUUGUUAUGCUCGCAUUUCUCGUUAAUGCGGAGGUCCGUUAUUCUAUUCCAGAGGAGAUGAUGACAGGCACUUUCAUAGGUAAUAUUGCUAAAGAUUUGGGAUUAGAUAAUCGAAGACUGAAAACAGGAAAAGCUCGCAUUUAUAAUGAAAGAGGCAGCGAAUACGUUGAGCUCGAUGCAAAGAAAGGGAUUUUAAUUGUUAAGAAUAGAAUUGACAGAGAGCAAAUGUGCGGGAGAAAAGCACCCUGCUCCUUAAAUUUUCAGAUUGUUCUCGAUAACCCGAUGGAAUUGCAUCGAGUUUCAAUUGAUAUUGUUGAUAUUAAUGAUAAUGUGCCAACUUUUGAUACAAAAAACAUCGAAUUAAAAAUUAUCGAAUCAUCACUUCCUGGGGCAGAAUUCUCGUUACCUAGUGCUGUAGACAGCGACGCAGGUGUAAACUCUCUAAAAUCAUACAUACUGACGCCGAAUGAUCAUUUCAGAUUGAAAAUAUACAAACAGACUGAUGGCAGCAGCUCUGUGAAUUUAUUGUUAGAGUCGCCUUUGGAUAGAGAAAUGCAAGAGGAGCUUGUUCUGCUUUUAACUGCGUUUGAUGGAGGGGAGCCUCAGCGGUCAGGAACAGCUGAAAUUCGUGUCGUUGUCGUCGAUGCCAAUGACAAUGCGCCUGUUUUUACUGACAAAGUUUAUAAAGCCUCUGUAAUGGAAAACUGCAUGAUCGGCUCUGUGCUGAUAAGAGUUACGGCCACCGACGCAGACAAAGGUGUAAAUGGAGAAGUUCAAUAUUUUUCAUCUCAGAUAUCACAAAGUGUACAUGAUUUAUUUGAAAUAAAUCCCGAUUCGGGUGAAAUAACAGUCAAGGGCCCGAUUGAUUAUGAAACAAAUGACAUAUAUGAAAUGACCAUUGAGGCGAGGGACUACGGUGGUCACGUAGGCUCAAGUAAAGUAGUAAUAGAAGUAAUAGAUGUUAAUGACAACGUGCCUUUUAUAAAUAUCAUGUCAGUUUCAAGUCAGGUCUCUGAAGACGCAUUACCUGGGACAGUAAUUGCAAUGAUUAAUGUACAAGAUAGAGAUUCCGGAAGAAAUGGCAACGUCAAGUGCUUCAUUGAUAAUAACGAUAUUCCAUUUAAACUGAAAUCUUCUUUAAAUAAUUUCUAUGGUUUAGAAACAAAUGGGUUUCUAGAUCGGGAAAAAAUAUCACUGUAUAAUAUUGGUAUUAUUGCGGCGGACGAAGGAGAGCCUUCACUUUCUGCUACACAUACAAUCACAUUAGAAAUAACCGACGUUAAUGAUAAUGCGCCAACAUUCGAAAGGCAACAUUACACCACAUAUGUCAUGGAAAACAAUUCCCCUGGAUCAUCUUUCUUCUCCGUCCGAGCUAAAGAUGACGAUUUAGGACUAAACAGAAAAAUUUCUUAUUUUAUUCAAGAAACUGGAUUUAAUAAUAUUUCUGUUUCCUCCAUAAUUUCCAUCAAUUCAGAAGAUGGUGUCAUAUAUGCUGUACGUUCAUUCGAUUAUGAACUGCUGACGCAUUUUCAGGUCUCAGUAACAGCUAAAGAUGGGGGGACUCCGCCUCUCAGUACCGAUGUCUUCAUUGAUGUAUUUGUACAAGACCAGAAUGACAACCCUCCAGAGAUUUUAUACCCUGUAUUUAACAAAGGCAUUCCGAUAGCUGAAUUUGUUCCUCGCUCUGCAGAUUUUGGUUAUUUGGUUACAAAGGUUGUUGCUGUUGACAAAGAUUCUGGACAAAACGCCUGGCUUUCCUAUAAAAUUGUCAAAUCUACCGACCAGACCCUUUUUGAAAUCGGCUUAAAUAAUGGGGAAUUAAGGACUCUUCGAAAAAUUACGGAGAAAGAUGCUACGAAACAAAGACUAACUGUUAUGGUCGAGGACAGCGGACAAACUUCGCAAUCAGCUACAGUCAAUGUGAACAUUGCAAUCACUGAUAACGUAGCAAAGGCAUUUUCUGAAUUCAUCGAAUUUACAAUGGAGAAAGACGGCGAUAACGACCUUAAGUUUUACCUGGUGCUAGCUUUAGUUAUAGUGUGCUUUGUUUUCGUUAUUUUUAUUAUUGUUCUAAUAACUUUGAAAUUACAUAAAUGGAGGCGCUCAAAACUCUUCAACGAAUGCUCAAGCGGAACCAUCCCUGUUAUUCCUUAUUAUCCGCCCCGUUAUGCAGAAGUUGGAGCAACCGGAACGCUUUGUCACGUCUACAACUAUGAAGUCUGCCUCACAACGGAUUCUGGAGAUAGCGAAUUUAAAUAUGUUAAAUCGGCUUACCCGAGCGCUACGGAUCUUAACCAUAGCGGAACAUUAAAAAAGAGACGCAUCUCGGAAAGUGACAUCAUUCCUGACGAAGAUAAGAACGAAGAAGUGAACCCAGCUAAGAUACAGGGAUCCCAGAACACAACUUUGAACCAUCUAUGUCAAAAACCUGCAAAUGCUGAAUGGCGUUUUACACAGGGACAGAGACCAGGAACGAGCGGCACUCAGCGCCCUGAAGAAGCCGGUCCAUGGCCCAACCCUCCCACUGAAGCGGAGCAGCUCCAAGCCCUGAUGGCCGCCGCUAAUGAGGUGAGUGAAGCGACUGGAACUCUUGGAGCUGGCACUAUGGGUCUGAGCACCAGAUACAGCCCGCAGUUCACCUUGCAGCACGUUCCGGAUUACCGGCAGAACGUCUACAUCCCCGGAAGCACCACCACACUGGCGGGCAACAACGCUCAGCCGGAUGCCAAGAUCAUGGCCGCGGCGGCACCCACCGCCAGCAAGAAGAAACCAGGGAAGAAAGAGAAGAAGUAAUGGAUCCCUCAGUUAGAGAAAAUCUCUUCCAGUUCAGCAUUUAUUCCUUUUUUUUGUUUGUUUUUUUAACCUGAUUGUAAUGACUUAUAGUGACUUUGAGUAAACUGUAGAUGUGUUCAUCCCUGUUUUUAUUUGUCGGACUUUCCAUCGUGUAAGUAAAUUGUUAUUGAAAUAUAACAUGAAGUUCUUAGUAGAGGUAUUAUUCCUUAACAUGAAUUAACAAGUUAAGAACGUCUUUUUUUAUGAUUCUUUCAUUUGAUAAAUCCUACUGGGUUUUGAAGGUUAAUUGUAAAAUACAAAUGAGAAUUUAAGGGCUUUGCCCUGAUAUAUAGCAUUAGCCUAAAUAUUAAUCAUUUAUUAACACAAUAUGUGGAUAUUUUUUUUUUUUUUUUUGCGGGGUUACUGGAUCAUAAGUUAGCUUUUUAACGUGGCCGCUUUUUCUUCUCUUUCCCACGAAAGAAAACUUUGUAAUUCUAACAUGCUUUCUAGGGAGAUAUUUGGAUAGGGAUAUCUUGCUCCCAGCUUAGUUAUAUUUAAAAUUAUAUUUGCAUGAAAUUUUGUUACCUUGCAAAAAAAGAAAAAAAAAUGCUUAAUGAAUAAACUAUGCAUUAAUGAAACUGUACAGUGUUAAAAUGGAUAAGUAAAGGACAAUGAUACUGAUAGGGAAAAAAAAAUGUAUUAAGCAAAAGUAAAUAUAAUCAAACCAAAUCUAAUUUCAGAAAUAGGAACAGACUAGAAUGGAAAGCGGAGUUCACUUCUGUUUUGAUUUUAACGUCUGUGUGCCAUCUAACCAGGCUUUUGCAUUCCUUGGUGCUCUCAUACCUGAUUGUGUUACACACCACUGCUACACCAUGCAUACGUCUGCCAUUGCAGUCCAAGACCCGUUCACUUGGUGCAGAGAAAGUGUCAUCAAGGAAUGAAGAGUGCUGCAUUCCCCCAUUCCUCCGUCAUAUGCAUGUCUCGCACAUAUUGUUCAGAUGCGCUGUUAAACUGUUUCGCUUCACUUAGGUACACGAUGCAUGUUAGCGCUAUCUAGCAUGAGGCGGAAACUUACAUAUUUAUACUGAAAGCCUUAGGCUGGUUUUUCGGUAGGUGGUGUUCGGUGACAGGAGGGUUUUUAAAGCAGACGAAUCCAUUGAGGCAGGCAAUUUUUUUUUUUUUUUGGUCAUUACACAUCAGUUACUUGACAUUUCAAACCAAAACCUUCUUAGUGUAGGAAUGGCACACCCAAAAACAAACAAAAAAAAAAUUACUGUAAAACCUGUGCCCUGGUAGCAUCGAGAAAGUAGACAUCGUUGAGAUUUUUAAAAAACUGAACGGUUCUUUUUAUUGAAGGUUUGAAAUGUGAAAUUGGAACUACCGAUAGAUUAUGUGAAGGAUGAUGAGGGUGUUUGGAAGUGCUGUCUGUCUUUAAUGGAGAGGCCACAGAUGGACGGUAACCUUGGUGCGUGAGGCCAAGUUUACAAGGCAGACAAGCUUUGUUGUUGUUUUUUUUUGUUUUGUUUUUUUUUAUCUCACACGUGUCUGUGGCAUUUCAUACAAUCAUUUUGCAGUCUUUAACUGUGUGGUGUUUGUUUUAGGAAUCAGUGCCUUGAUUGCAUUCACAGAAUAUACAGUAUACUAGUGAAGGGUGAUGAGACUAUGCUUCUGUAUUACAAAAUGAAGGGUUACAUAAUAUGACUGGCUAACCCUCACCCGGACCUAACCACAACCAAUGGCAGCCUGUUUGGGGUAAACUCAAAGCUGCGUAUUAUGUUUGAUAUCUGUAAAACAUAGAAACAGGUGGGUUUUUAUCAGGUACAAGGGUUUCUUCUAACAUCUUGAAGACAUGCAUGUUAGGUUAAUUAGUAACUCUAAAAUGGCCCCAUGCAAGUAAGUGUUAGUGUGUCCCCGUGAUGAUGUGGUUUUUGAGAUGCUGCCAGAAUCGGACUGGACUAAGCAGAUUUGAAAAUGAAUGUAUAGCAAGGUGGUUUCCAUCCAUCUAUCUAUCCAUCUAUCCUGGGUCCAGGUCGUGGGGGGUGCAGUCUAAGUAGCCCCUUUCUCCUUCCAGCAAGCUGGGUGAUAUAAUCUCUUCAACAUGACCUGGGUGUGCCCUGAGGUUUCCUCCUGGUUGGCCCAAAACACCUCCACAGGGAAGUGCAUCUUAAUCAGAGGACCGAACCACCUCUGCACGUUGAGCUCCUCUCGAAUGUCUGCACUCCUCACACUGUGUUUAAGGCUGAGCCAGGACACAUUGUGAAAGGAAGCUCAUUUCCACCGUUAGUUCUUUCAGUCACUACCCAAAGCUUGAAGACAUAGGUGAAGAUUGGGAUGUAGACCAAGCACUUAAAUGAGAGCUUUGCCUUUCAACUCCGCUCUUCUUCACGACAACUGACCAGUAGAACGUCUGUGUAACUCCCUUCUUCUUUCACUCGUGAACAAGUCCUAAGUGGUAUAAUUUUCUUCUUCUAGUUAAUAACAUGUAGACAAUGAUUCCUAAAACCAUUACAGCAAAAUUGCAAGUGUUAAAUACACUUUUCCAUUGUUAACGAAAAACAGAAAUGUGUAUUGUGUGUGUGUAUAUAUAUAUAUAUAUAUAUAUAUAUAUAUAUAUAUAUAUAUAUAUAUAUAUAUAUAUAUAUAUAUAUAUAUACAUAUGGAAAGAGUGUUUCUAUACAUACACCCUAAGUGUGAAUUUAAUAUUGGCAAUUGUGCUGUGAUUGUCCGCUUGGAGGCUGAUGUAACAGCAGGAUUUUGGGACGUUCGAUUGCAGCAAUGCUUGAGGGUAUUGGUAAUGAUGAUGUCUCUUAAAUUGAAACCCGCACACUUACAGUGGAGGCAGUUCCUGACUUCCAAAUCUCACGUUAGCUACAGGUCUCUCUGAAUUUUUGUAUUCACUCAGACUCAGGGCCAGCCAAGCCAUAUAUGCAUAAUGAAAUGAUGUCUAAAUGUGUGCAGGUUUCAGAGCCCAGAUGCUCGCUUAAAUAUUGUGGGGAGGAUGUGUGUAUGUUUUUUGGGGGUUAUUAUUUUAUUUAUUUUUUGUAUUUUCUAUGCUGUUGAAGUACACAGCACACUGAUUUACCACAUGUUUCCAAAACCUCUGAAGUCACAAGCAACUGGUGGAUAGUAUAUGUCUCAUGAGAUCAAUGAAGUGCAGAUUUACAAGACUCACUGCUAUAAUGGAGUUAUUUAGGUGACAAUACUAUACAUACAUUGUUUAUAAAAUUGCAGGAAGAAAACAAUGCCUGAAAUUAUCACUGAGGCUACAAAAUGCCUUGCUUAGCUCCUCUCACAGGGUUCCUCCUGGGUGAAGGAGUCCUUAAUGUUAAUGCAAAACUCUGAAUUUUAAUGGUGCCACAGCUUAAACGCCCUUCACUGAGGACAGGAGAUUUACACAAAGAACAAUAUUAAUGUGUACAAAUUGAGGCCAUGUUUUUGUGUAAUGAUAACAACACCCACACACCUAGCAGUAAUGCUCACCUCCCACACCACAGAUGCUCAUUGUUUGGCUGCUAAGGCCUCUACGUGUCUGGUCAACAGUGGGCUGCAAGUGAGAGGGUGGUUGGAGAACAAUGAAGGACAAAUCUACUGUAGAUUUCAAUUCUAUUAACAGGACUAAAGGUCUCAAAGUCAAUUUGUAUAUUAUCACUGUAGUGACGACGACCAUUACUAGCAAUGGUUCCGCAAAAUGAGCCCAGAGUGAGUCUUGAAAGUGAGCUCUUCAAAUACUCCAUCAUUUUGAUUCACAAAUUCUUUCAAUCUGAAUGCACAGACUUAUGGAAAAAAAAAAAAGCCAGCCUGUGUUUAAAGUUUUUAAGGGAAAAUACCUUCACAAGUUCUUUUUUAAUCUCUUUUGUUUCUUUUUUUAGCCUGUGGUAAUUUAUAUUUUCAAUUCUGAUUGCUGCUCCUGACAAACAUUCCCAAUUUGUGUCCCUUACUAUUUAUGUAAGACCAAACCUGUUCAAGGACCAGCUGUCUGUAGAGACCUCUAGAAAAAAAAAGCCCCCCUAACGCGGCUACUGCUACUACUGGAAUGUUUUGCAUAUAAAUAUAUAUAUAUAUAUAAAUAUAUAAUUUUUUUGUUUCUUUUUAUAUGUAAAUCUCAUCCUAACCAAUGUAAGUCAUGUAGCAUUUAAAAGUACUAAUCAAAACUAUUUUUUACAAAUCACCACUCCUUUCCAUAGACUAGGAAUUAAUUUGUGAAAAGUGACGUGCAAAGAGUAGCGUUUUUUUGUUUAUUUUUCUAAUUUAAUCCGCCAGUGCUUCAAAAAAAACAAUAAAAAAUAAGGAAAAAAAAAAGAAAAACAAGCAAAAACAAAAAAAAGAGCAGCUUUUUUGUGUUUUUCUGUCUGUACCUUUUUAUGUGUUUGUGGGGUUUAUACUUCUUUGUGCUGCUGGAAUGCUCUCCUAUAAAUACAAUAUAUAUAUACGCGUUUGCUGAUGAAUUCUGUAUUUGGCUAAAUAUUUCUUAAAAAUGCAUAGGUCAGUGCUUCUUUGUGUCACAUCCAUAUUUUAUAUGCUAAUAUUUAUAUUGCUGUUUUAUUUUCUCUUUGAACACAGACAUUUCAAAUAAAAGUUUCUUCUGAAA